GGAACUAUUUGCAGACGGAACCGGAAGAGCAACGAAUCACAACUUCCACCCAUGUGUGGAGUCUAGAAUCAGCCUCGUUGUCUAAAUCUUAACAUUUCAGUAUAAAGCUGACUUUAAUAACAUUAACAUUUCUAAACAACAAGUGGGGCCUGAACCCGCGCGGACACGAUGGCGGAGAUCGUUCAGCAGCGGAUUGAGGAGAGAAUCCCUGAGCUGGAGCAGCUGGAGAGAGUGGGACUGUUCACCAAGAAAGAAGUCAAAUCCAUAAUCAAGAGAGCAACAGCGCUGGAAUAUAAGCUCCACAGAUUGAUCGUAAACAAAGAGGACUUCAUUGCAUACAUCCAGUAUGAAAUCAACGUUUUAGAGCUGAUCAAGAAGAGAAGAGCGCACAUACACUACCAGUUUAAAAGAGAAGAGAUUGAGUUCCCCAUCGUCCAUAGAAUAAACAGUAUCUUCAGAAGAGCAACAAAUAAGUGGAAGGAUGAUGUGCAGCUUUGGCUCUCACACGUUGCUUUCUGUAAGAAAUGGGCCACCAAAGGCCAGAUCAGCAAGGUGUUCUCCUCCAUGCUUGCUAUUCAUCCUGACAAACCAGCCCUGUGGAUCAUGGCUGCCAAGAGUGAGUUGGAGGACAGAAGUUCUUCUGAAAGUGCCAGGCACCUGUUUCUGAGAGCUCUGCGCUUCCACCCAAACAAUAAGAAAGUCUACCAGGAGUACUUCCGUAUGGAGCUGCUGCAUUGUGAGAAACUGAGGAAGCAGAAGGAAGAGCUGGAGAAGGCUGAGAUGGACCUGGGUGAAUAUGAGUUCUCUCCAGAGAUCCUGAGUGGAAAACUGGCUGAAGUUGUGUACAGAGAUGCUACGGGGAAAAUCAAUGAGGCAGAGUUUGUCAUUUCGCUUCUGAAUAUCGCAGCGAUCUUUAACUUCACCAAAGAACUCCAGGACUCCAUCCUGCAAGACUUACAGACCAACUACACAGAGGACAGCUUGACGUGGGAUUUCAUGGCCAAGAGGGAGCUGGACGCUCCUGGGCUGGGGGAGGAGCUGCAGUCCGCCAAAGGCCGGGCCACGGAUGUCAACCGAAGAGAGGAGCGCUGCUGCCAGGUCUAUGAGGAGGGAGUCAAGAGUCUCAACACAGAGCCCAUGUGGACUUGCUAUGUGGCCUUCUGUUUAGAAAGGAUGAGGAGAAAGACCAACGUCCAAGAGCUGAAGGAAAAGAGGCAGGAGAGGCUGCUGGGAGUGCUGCAACGUGCCCACGACUCCUUGCUGCUGAAAGAGGAUUAUUAUAAGAACUGGCUCCAGAUCCUGCUCUCAUCUGGAGAUGCUGAGGGAGCAGCCAGCGUUGCCAUGGCAGCCUCGCAGCGCUACAGCCAGUCGGUGUCAGCGUGGACCCUGAGUCUGCAGACGCUAAUGCAGCUGGGGAGCGAAGACAUUAGCAGGCUAUUCCAGGAUGCUCUCACACACGUUAAUCCCAAGGAGAGUCUACCACUUUGGCAGCUGCAGGUCCAGUGGAGCGCAGCCAACCAGCGUCCCGAGGAAACGGAGGCCGUCUUCAAGAGAGGGCUGCUGUCUGCAGUAGCGGCUGUUGCCAUGGAGAUGAAAGAGAGCUACCUUGAUUGGUCCUACUCCACUGGAGGCUACAAGAAAGCUAGGAAGACCUUUACAAGCUUACAGGAAAACCGUCCCUUGUCCAAGGCCUUUUUCACCAGAAUGAUUCAGAUUGAGAAGGAACAAGAGAUUCCAAAGAUGAACAGUCUGAGAGAUUACUAUGAGAGGGCCCUGCAGGAGUUUGGCACAACAGAUGACGAUCUGUGGCUGCAGUACAUUCAGGAGGAGCUGGGACCCAGCGGACAGCCAGAGAACUGUGGCAAGAUCCACUGGAGAGCCAUGAAGUUUCUGGAGGGGGACAGUGUGGAGAGAUUCACCUCCAAAUAUACUCUACUUCAGACUGGACACUUAUGAGAGGAUAUGUAAAGUCCGGUUCGGCGGAAUCGAAUCCUGUUAAGUUCAGAUAACAACAAGCGAUGUUAAACAGCUGUGUAAAAGUUUGUCAGCUAAAGAACCAGCACAGAUUUUGGAGCAUGUGUUCCUCUUGGUCUCGUAGAAGACUGGGGCCAUUCCUGCUCAUGAAUUGUUCCAUUGUCUUCAAGUGGAACUGCAGUUUCUGAGGUUAGCAGUCCAUUCUUCUUUAGUGGUUCUACCAGCGUCCUAAGAAAUGUUCUUGAAAUGGCUUUGUCAUUUUCAGCUUUAAGCAGAAGUGUUUUUUAGCUGUGAUUUACAACUUGAACCCACUUUCCAUUUUUUGUGCUCUAUUUCAUACCAGACUGAUCCUGGAAACUUGUAGUAUUGUAUAAGAGCAAGAAAACCGCAAGAAUUCCACAUUUAUUUGGCAUUCUGAGAAGACAAACCUUUGAUGCUGUUAAAACAAUAUUAAAACAGUGUUUCAUC